AUGGAACCCUCAAGUGAUGCACCCCCUUCCCAAGCAACACCUACUGCCCAAGCUGUACCUACUGCCACUCCAACUAAUGUUGAGGUUCCCCCACUUCCACCUAAAGGUAAUAAUAGGAAAAAGUCUAUUACUUGGAACCAUUUUGAAAAAGUAGAUAUUGGUGAGGAUCAUUUUAAGGCUGUUUGCAAUUACUGUCAAAAAACUUAUCUAGCUAAUAAUAAGGGGUAUGGUACUGUUAAUUUAUUGAAUCAUACGCCAAUCUGUGUUAAAAACCCUAAUAGAAAGACACUUAAAGGGCAACAAACCUUAGCGUUUGAACCCAAAAUAGAUGGGGAGGAAGGGUUUCAACUUGUACCAAUAGUCUUUACUGUUGAGACUUCUAGAAAGGCACUUGCUAAAAUGGUUAUAAUAGAUGAGUUGCCUUUUAGGUUUGUUGAAGGGUAUGGGUUUCAAAGAUAUGCAACAACCUUACAACCUAAGUUGCGAAUUAGGGAUAUCCCAUCUCGUCAAACUAUGGCUAGGAAUGUGAUUGGCAUUUAUGGUGUUGAGAGAGAGAAAUUAAGGGGGGCCUUGAAGGGUCGUAGGGUGUGUCUUACUACGGACACAUGGACAAGUAUUCAAAAUCUGUGUUAUAUGUUCCUUACAGGUCAUUUUAUUGAUGAUGAUUGGAAGUUGCAUAAGAGAAUUUUGAAUUUUUGUCAAGUUGAAGACCAUAAGGGGGAGACUAUAGGUAGAAAGAUUGAGUUGUGUUUGCAUGAGUGGGGUAUUAGUGGUAUAUUCACUUUAACAGUGGACAAUGCUAGCUCAAAUGGUGUCACCAUUAAGUUUUUGGAAAAUGUAACUAAAGAUUGGGAGGGGACUGUUUUAGAACAUGAGUUCUUACACAUGAGGUGUUGUGCACAUAUCCUAAAUCUGAUUGUGGGGGAUGGUAUGAGAGAAAUUGAUGCAUCCAUUGCAAAGGUGCGUGAAGCUGUGAGGUAUGUGAAGUCCUCACCAAAUAGGAAUCAAACUUUUGUGGGUUUUGUGGAGAGAUUAGGUAUUGAGUCUAAGUCUCUCCUUUGUCUAGAUGUACCAACUAGGUGGAACUCUACCUACCUCAUGUUAGAAACUAUACAAAAAUUUGAGAAAGUGUUCAUACGAAUGAGCUUUGAGGAUGAUAGUUAUUCUUCAUACUUUAUGAACAAGGAGAAUAGUGGUGGUAUGAAAUCUCCUAGUAGUAUUGAUUUUCAAAAUUGUAGGAUAUUUGUGGGUUUUUUGAAGCUUUUUUACAAUGCCACGAAAAAGUUUUCAAGUUCUUUGUAUGUUACUGCAAACAUCUUUUUUUGA